AAAAAAAAAAAAGAAAGAAAAAGGAGGCGGGUAGGAACCGCGGGCCGCCGGAGGAGGAGGUGGAGAAGGGGUUGUGCUCCGGGGCCGCCGAGGAGGAAGGAGGCGGGGCCGCGACGAGCGGCGCGUGCAGGUGCCGGGUUCCCCGGGGCUCCGCGGGCGCGCGAGCGGCUCGGCGGUCCUUCCUCUUCCCCCCCCCCACUUCCCACCGCCGCCGCCGCUGCAGUGGCCGCCGCCGCCGCUGCCGCUCGGUCGCCGCCGGUCUGCGGGAGGCGGGUUAUGGCGGCGGCGGCAGUGGGAGCUGUGAAUGAGUUCUCCGGCCGGACGACGGAAAAAGAAAGGCUCCGGCGGCGCGAGCCCGGCGCCCGCCAGGCCUCUGCCCCCCGCCGCGGUCCCCGCCCCUUCCGCCGGCCCGGCCCCUGCGCCCCGCUCGCCCCGUAAGCCGAGCCUCUAUUACUUCUUCACGUCCCCGCUGGUCGGCGGCUUCGCCCUGCUGCGCCUGCUGGCCUGUCACCUGGGGCUCCUCUUCGGGUGGCUCUGCCAGCGCUUCUCCCGCGCCCUCAUGGCCGCCAAGAGGAGCUCCGGGACCGCGCCGGCGCCCGCCUCGCCCUCACCCCCAGCGCCCGGGCCCGGUGGCGAGGCCGAGAGCGUCUGCGUCUUCCACAAACAGGCCUUCGAGUACAUCUCCAUUGCCCUGCGCAUCGACGAGGAAGAGAAAGGACAAAAGGAACAAGCUGUGGAAUGGUACAAGAAAGGUAUUGAAGAACUAGAAAAAGGAAUUGCUAUUAUAGUAACAGGCCAAGGUGAACAGUGUGAAAGAGCUAGACGCCUUCAAGCCAAAAUGAUAACUAAUUUGGUUAUGGCCAAGGAUCGUUUACAACUUCUAGAGAAGCUGCAACCAGUUUUGCAAUUUUCCAAGUCACAAACGGAUGUCUAUAAUGACAGUACUAACCUGAUGUGUCGCAAUGGACAUCUCCAGUCAGAAAGUGGAGCAGUUCCGAAGAGGAAAGACCCCCUAACACAUGCUAGUAAUUCAUUGCCUCGAUCAAAAACAGUCAUGAAAAGUGGAUCCACAGGGCUGUCAGGUCACCACAGGGCGCCUAGUUGCAGUGGUUUAUCCAUGGUUUCUGGAGCAAGACAGGGACCUGGUCCCGUGGCUGCCACUCAUAAGGGUAUUCCGAAACCAAAUAGAACCAACAAACCUUCUACACCCACAACGGCUGUUCGGAAAAAGAAAGACUUGAAGAAUUUUAGGAAUGUGGACAGUAACCUGGCCAACCUCAUAAUGAAUGAAAUUGUUGACAAUGGGACAGCUGUUAAAUUUGACGAUAUAGCUGGUCAGGAUUUGGCAAAACAAGCACUGCAAGAAAUUGUUAUCCUUCCUUCUCUGCGGCCCGAGUUGUUCACAGGGCUCAGAGCUCCUGCCAGAGGGCUGUUACUCUUCGGGCCGCCUGGGAACGGGAAGACGAUGCUGGCUAAAGCAGUUGCUGCAGAAUCCAAUGCCACCUUUUUCAACAUAAGUGCUGCAAGUUUAACUUCAAAAUAUGUGGGAGAAGGAGAGAAACUGGUGAGAGCUCUCUUUGCUGUGGCUCGAGAACUUCAACCGUCUAUAAUCUUUAUAGAUGAAGUUGAUAGUCUUUUGUGUGAAAGAAGAGAAGGGGAGCAUGAUGCUAGUAGACGACUGAAAACUGAAUUUUUAAUAGAAUUUGAUGGAGUACAAUCUGCUGGAGAUGACAGAGUACUUGUAAUGGGUGCAACUAAUAGGCCCCAGGAGCUUGAUGAAGCUGUUCUCAGGCGAUUCAUUAAACGGGUAUAUGUGUCUUUACCAAAUGAGGAGACGAGACUGCUUCUACUUAAAAACCUGUUAUGUAAACAAGGAAGCCCACUGACCCAAAAAGAACUUGCACAACUUGCUAGAAUGACUGAUGGAUACUCUGGAAGUGAUCUAACAGCUUUGGCAAAAGACGCGGCACUGGGCCCUAUCCGAGAGCUGAAACCAGAGCAGGUGAAGAACAUGUCUGCCAGUGAGAUGAGAAAUAUUCGGUUAUCUGACUUCACAGAAUCCUUAAAAAAGAUCAAGCGCAGUGUGAGUCCUCAAACCCUAGAAGCAUACAUCCGCUGGAACAAGGACUUUGGAGACACCACUGUUUAAAAUGCCUUGUAAGCCUGCAGAACAUUUUACUUCACAAGAAACAGGAGCUUCAGAGAAGUUACCAGCUACAGGAACUCAGACUUUGUUUACAGGACUUUUUAGAGUUUUCCUUUUGUGCACCAAACUUGAAGAGGAACAAGAAGACAGACCUAAAUAAAAUAUGCAAUGUGAAUGAAAUUUUUGUUGAAGGCCUUCUUGCCUGAUGGUCAUGGUUUUCUCAGUCAGCACUGUUAGUUAGAGCACAGCAAAAAUAGGUUCUGUUCUUUAUUGAUAGUAAUCAUUCUGUAAAUAAUAAUUUGUAUAUUGUGUUCAGAUGAAAGUAUUCCAGAGACAGUGACUGGCGGUCACAAAGAGCCUGCUGUUGUGUCUCCUGACGUUUGCUCACAACUCUACUUUCUGCUUUCCUUUCCUGCUGUUACCUUAGCUCCCUGUGACUGGAAGACCAAGCGCUCGGAGUUCUUUCCUGCUGUUCUUACCAACUCCAGUGUGCCAAAUGGAACCCUUUUCCCUCUGCAGUAAGAAAGAGCUACGCUGAGGCUUUUUUCAACCUAGAUAUACAAACAUUAAACCGUUAAUACCUUCUUUCACGUUUUGUUUUUCUAUUUCAUCGCCUUGUCGCCAGUUUAGAAAGCAAUAUAGUAACAACAGAGAAAAUCUGGCACUACAAAGGUUUGAAGGUUUGAGUCACUCUGUCAUGUAACAUGUAGAUCAGUCCUUGUGUGCCCUGCAGUAUUCUUUUUUCUAAUAUGUCAGAAAUCCAUUAUAGACCUAACUUAUUCCAGCUGGACUUCAUUUUUGUGUUGGAGUUAUUCUGUUAUUUUAGAGAGUAAAUUUUACUAACUAUAAAUUGAGGCACCAGUGUGAGAGAAGGGACACACUAGGAGGUAGGACAUUUCUAGUUUAUUGCUUAUUACUUUCUUAACAGGACAAUUAAAUGCCAGUGGCACUACCAUCUUUUUACGGAUUACCGUCCCUUCCGUGAAACUUAAAAUACCGAAUUUUUCUACAGUGCAUAUAUUUUGUAGGUUUCCUGUGCUUACUUUUUAACUAAAAAAGCUCUAAGUCUGUUGACCUACCUUUUGUUUCCAUAAAUGUAUAGUAAUUCUUUAUUGUUUGUAUAAAUAUGGCUGGACUUUUAUUAUAAAAAUGCAUCAUAGAAAGUAGAGGCUCAUGUGUGGCCUUUAAGAAUUGUAUAAAGGCAAAGGGAUAUUUGCCAUUAGUUUACUGGUUAAAAGUUUGUUUACAGAACUUUUCUUUGGUGCUUAAAUGAUGCUAUGUAAAAUAUGGGUAGAAAGAAUAAUUUUGUGGUAGUAAGACCAACUUUUCAUGUAAGAAAGAUAUUUGAGAAAACACAUUAAAACACUUGCCUUCCCCCCAGAUAAAAAUUUUAUGAUAAAGUCAUACAUCCUCAGUUUUACUCUUAGUCUUGUUAAAGAUUUAUCUAAAUAUAGAAGAUGGAUUAUUUCCUAGAAGCAUAUGCCUUUUUUUUUUAAGUCAUAUCUCUCUUAAUCAUGAUUUUAGACAUCCCUGGAUGAUAAAAUUGAAAAGUUUAGAUAAACAGGAAAACAAAUUUAAACCAAAGCUGUGCAUAUUUUUGGUUCUGGCUAAUGUCUGUUUAAGGUCUCAGAUGUUAGAGCACUAGUUACGAAUACUGGUGAUGCAAGCCUGUGAUUAUGAUGAUAAGUGCAGCAGUCCUAACCCAAAACAUCUACAAUAAAGCUCUUAAACUUCAUUUGGUUUCCAUUUAGGAAUGGAUUAAUAACAUCACCACUAUUUAUGUAUUGAGACAGGCUUCCGCUCAGUUUUAAAAAUAGAAGAGCCUUUAUAGUUAGAUUAUGAUUCUUUUGGCAAGGGUUUUAAGAGGUAAUGAAAUUUUCAUGUCUAAACGAUACAAAAGUCAAGUUAACCUAACUAUUGAGUCAGAGGUACUACUUUGUGACUCCAUCAGUGUGUAGACGCUCGCUUGUUCAGCAGGCAGGAGGCUCAGCUAGUGUUGGAGAUAAUUUUCUGUGAUGUCUUAUGACCCAGGUUUAGUUUAGGCUGUUUUGUUUUAAAACAGUCUCGUGGAACCUAGGCUGGCCUAGAAUUCAAUGAGUAGGAAUACCUUAAAUCGAUCUUUCUGCCUCCACCUCCCAAGUGCUGCAAUGCUGGUGUGCACGCCACAUUGGGAGGUUUGUUCUUUUUCAGUAAGGACAGACAUUGCUGGGGGUUCAAAUUAAUACUAGAUUUUAAUUAAUAUUAAUUUUAGAUUUUUGUAUUGAGCUCUGAUUACUGUUCAAGAUGAUGUUUAAAAAGUAAGGAUUGGUAUGUUAAUGUGACAGAGUCCUUACAAGCUCGGUGAACUUCCUCAUCACCUAACUGAGCCAAAGGAAAGACUCACUACCAUCUUUCCACAUCUGCUAGGGCUACAAAGCUUUCUGAGACUAGAAGCCAACUGAAUUUGUUUUUGUCUUUUUGUGCUUAAGGUUGUAACAGGACAAACAGAAUUUUAAGUUAAAUUUGUGGCAUUCUUUGUUUAUAAUGUAAAGUUGUUUAUGUGUCCUACAAAAGUAACUUUUUUGUAGAAUGAACUACUUACAGUUUGCUUUUCAGAUUCUUAAGGCAGAAGAUUUCCCUUUAAAUGUCUGUCUAAAUUUUAGUCUUAACUUUUUACUUCUACAAAAGAAAUGACUUAAAGGGUACAUACAGCUGCAUAUAGUGGGUUUUUAUCCUAAUUAAUUUUAUUGUAAAUAAAUGAUAAACUUUGUUUUGCCUUAA